AGAUUCUCGUCAGUCUUAUUUUAGUCGCUUGGUGAACUUGUAAAAAUUGUGAAUUGCGAGAUGAGAUUAUUUUUAUUGAUUUGUUCAUUGGUGACUGUCGCUGUGGCACAAGAACCUUCGUUGUCAUGCAUUUAUUACAAUUUCGGUCCGACAAACUACCACUGCCAACUGACAAUCGACAAUCCUAAUGGCUUUGACAAUUUUACGGAAAUUGGUGGUAUCCACUUGGAAGGAUUCUCAAAUGAAGACGUUGAUGUACUUUACAUUGCGAGAGGCAUCAGUUCAAAUGUACCGCAGAUUAUUUGCGAAACAUUUCCCAAUCUCUUUGAGUUUGACUUUUUCAAUGCCAGGCUAACCGAACUUGAUGACAAUUCGUUCAGUGGAUGCUCACAAUUGGGUCGACUAUAUUUGUCCUACAACCGAAUCAGUUCGAUCUCUGAAAAUGCUUUCGCUAAUCUCCGAGCAGUUUCGUACAUCCAUUUAGGAGACAAUUUGCUGACCACAUUACCCGAAAAUGUGUUUGCAAAUCAACAGAAUGUAACGGAUUUGAUUUUGAGCUACAAUGCCUUUACUGAGAUCCCGACCGGUCUAUUUCGACCACUGGAAAAUCUUCAAAAUUUAUACAUCGGAGGCGCCAACCUCACCACCGUCAACAACCAGUGGUUCACAGAAAACUCACGUUUAACUUACUUGUAUUUGGGAGGAAACAGAAUCACUCUCUCCGCUAAUAUGUUUUCCGGCAUAGAAGGGUUGCGUGCUAUAAGUCUGGCAUUGAAUGAAAUCACUGAAAUUCCACCCGGAACAUUCGCAGGUCUACCGAGUCUUCAAACACUAGAUCUAUAUUGGAAUGCUUUCACCUCACUUCGAGAGGAUUCGUUCCCAGGCCUUGGCCAGUUAGUCAACAUUGAUUUGAGUAGAAAUCCGAUAGACACAAUCGAAGAGAACGCAUUUAGAGGACUAGCAGGUCUUCAAUCGUUAGCACUCGAAAAUUGUCGCAUAAGUGACUUGGACACCAUUUCGUUGAAUUUGCCGAAUUUAACAUAUUUGGACUUGAAUUUCAAUGCAAUUGAGGAAAUUCCAAUCGGAUUCUUCGAGUCAAUGCCAAAUCUGUUUUACAUCGGUCUGUGGGCGAACCGUAUCAAAACGUUACGCAGAAAUAGUUUCGGAAGUUUGAGUGCGCUAUCAACGUUUGACUUGGACGGAAACAUUGUGAAUGCAAUCGAUAGAGCAUUCAUCGAUGAUGCUGUGAACCUUAAUACGCUCUAUUUUGACGGGAAUCUGUGUGCGAGCAAUUAUUUCGGAAACUUUUUGAACAGUCGAGAUAGGUAUUUGCCGAUGCUUGAAAGAUGUUUCCGGAACAUGAGAUACAUCGUUGAAACCACAACCGAAAACGACGGUGUCUAUUCCUUUUUCGAAGGACCCGAACCCGGAAUCGUUCUACGCGUUCGAUCCGACAACGAAGUACAAAUCGCACUGACACCAUUCAACUUCAUAUGGACUCCGUCGAUAGAAAUUUUCAUUGGUUCGGCCAAUAAUACACGGUCCGUGAUUCGUAUAAAUGACGAGACAGAUGUGGUCACCGUGCCGACACCGAAUGUCAUCCAACAGAAUCAAUGGAAUGAUUUCCGCGUGUCGUGGGCGAAUCAAAAUGUUCUGGUGUUCAACAGUAACGACACUUUCCCAUUCAUGAGCUACACAAUGCAGCAUUUCUAUCCGGUUAAUUUCUACGGUUUGAGGGCUGUAGAAACAAGAGCUACUUGGAGUGUGCAGCCAAUCUUCAUUGAAGAUAAUUAAACGUAAAUUAUGUACGCGAUUAAGUUAAUGCCAUAAAUUAUUUGAAAUAAA